AUGGACCGCUUAAAACGACAACGGGCCCCCGUACGCGCCAGGGUCACAAGGCUAACCGACGAGAUCAAGGACUUCCUGGAUUCGACAAGCCCCUCUCGCCAAGAUCUAGAGCUCAAGCUUUCUCUUCUCACCGACAAGGCGGCUAUACUCGUAGGUAUGGAUAGCCAGAUUGCAGCCCUUGUGGACGAUGACGAAAUUGAUACCGAAGCGGAAGGAUGUGACCAGUAUCUCGAGCUUAUUGCCGAUGCUACCCUCAGGGCGAAGCGCCAUCUCUCGAACACGAGUCUUCCAACGACUAACAACGCUCGCCAACCCCUAAUCCAAAGCAACACGGCAUUACAAUUGUCCACUAACGUGCCACGAUUACCAAAGCUCCAAAUUGAACCCUUUACUGGGGAACUGUCAUCUUGGCAGUCCUUCUGGGACCAAUUCAGUUCUGGAGUCCAUCAGAAUCCAACCUUAUCAGUUAUUGCAAGAUUCCAGUAUUUGAGAUCUCUAGUCAAAGGGAAGGCAGACCUCGCAAUUAAAGGUCUUGAUCUCACUGUGGAGAAUUAUCCUACGGCCAUCCAAAUUCUUCAUCAGCAGUUUGGAAAUCCCGAUCGUCUGAUAUCAGAACACAUGACUCAUCACCAACGCACCUUCAUCCGAAAGGAUGUCUCUGCCAAACUCCACUGUUCUACGUCGGGCUACGAAGAGCUCACUAUAUUUGCUUUAGGACGUCGCGCCAACAACGAAAACGUAUCACGUCGUGUCAAGGUUGCCUUGACAUCACCUUUAAGCGCGCAGUCUUUAGAGCUCGAAGCACUCGAGAUUGAGGACUUGUGCAUGGGAAGUCUCCCAAUUCCCGAUGGAAAUCUCAUUAAGGAACUCUCUCAAUCAAACAUGACAUUGGCAGACGACACUGUUCAUCGCCUCGAAAUACCAGGAAUUUCAAUCCUUAUAGGAUGCGACUACUACUGGAGCGUCGUAACAGGAAAGGUUCGCAAGCUUCGCAGAGGUCUAGUCGCCGUGGAAACUAUCUUCGGCUGGGUCCUACAAGGCCCUGCUCCGUCGAACCACGAACCUCAUGCCCAAGUGGCUCAUGCAUUACAUGUACAGGCGACAGACGUUAACAUAAGUCAGGAGUUGCGACGGUUUUGGGAUGUUGAACAUCUUGGGAUUGAGGAGAUAUCUUGCCCCGCCAGACCUCAAGAGGACCCUGUUCUUCAGCAAUUCGCCGCGACAACCCGGUUAUCCGAACAACGAUACACUGUUCGUCUUCCAUGGAAGGGGAGCAAGAAGACUCUGUCUGAUAACCAGUCGCUGGCUCUGAAACGACUUAACGUCCUAACCAGGAAACUCCGUCAAAGUAAAGCCCUUCUCGAGACAUAUGACAGAACUAUUCGACAAUACAUUAACCUAGACCAUGCAGAACGGGUAAACCCUUCGUCCCUCGUCUCUCAAGCAUAUUACAUGCCCCACCAUGCCGUAAUACGCGAAGAUCGGGAGACUACAAAAGUGAGGAUUGUCUUUGACAUUAGCUCAAAGGGACCAGGAUCACAAUCCUUGAACGAUCUCCUCGCCUCAGGACCAAACCUCAAUCCGGACAUGUUGCGGCUUCUGCUCAGCUUCCGCUCUAAAAGGGUCGCCAUCGUUGCGGACAUAGAGAAGGCUUUCCUCCAGAUCUUCCUCGACAAACAAGACCGGGAUUACCUUCGCUUCUUCUGGUAUAAGGUGGCACCUACAGUAGACGGAGAUCUCCCUCCCCUUGAAGUAUGGCGCAUGACAAGAGUGCCGUUCGGCGCCACAUGCAGCACUUUUCUUCUGGCCGCCACAAUUCAACAUCACCUACAGUCUCUAGCCUUGGAGUUCCCUUGGGCAACCGGCAAGCUGAAAGAUAACUUCUAUGUCGACGAUCUUGUUACUGGCGCAGACGAUUACCCUCAAGCUCUGCAGUUGUUCAAAGAAACUAUUCAAAUUUUCGAUAAGGCAGGUCUACCAGUUCGCAAGUGGCUCACCAACGAACCUGCACUUCAGAAACAGUUCGAAGAGCAAGGUUUAAGCCGUGCUACGACACUUUCUGUUAACGUCUUAGGAGUUACUUGGUGCACCACGACCGAUGACCUAUGCUGUGCUCUGUCUUCCGUAUCCGAGUUCCUGAAGUCUAGCCCAUGCACAAAGCGACAGGUGUUGCGCGCCGUAUCUCGCAUAUUUGACCCAUUUGGAUUCUUGGUGCCAUUCACUAUAUCUGCCAAGAUUCUUUUCCAGCGCCUAUGGGAGGAAAAGGCUUCAUGGGAUACACAACUUCAACCGGAACACUCAACCGCAUGGCAAGGGUGGUGUUCAGAAAUACCGAAGCUUCAAAACUUCUCGGUACCCCGACUUUUGGAUCCUGAUGUCUCUACGAACUUCGAAAGUUUUGACCUUCAUACAUUUUGCGAUGCAAGCCCCUUGGCUUACGGAGCAGUCGUCUACCUCCGUAACCCGGAUACAACACGCACCUCGUUCGUCGUUGCCAAAUCUAGAGUGGCACCUUUAAAGCGACAGACUCUUCCGAGACUAGAACUUCUCGCCGCCUUACUAUCCUCAAGACUAAUCCAGACUGCGUCAGCAGUUUUUAACAUUCCCCGCUCUCAAUGUCACGCCUGGACCGAUUCCAUGAUUGCUCUAUCGUGGAUUCGGACAACGCCAACAAAUCUCCCCCCAUUUAUCAGCAAUCGUGUCAUAGAGAUCCAGCGUUAUGUAUCUCCAGACCUUUGGAGGCAUUGUCCCGGGCAUCAGAACCCUGCUGAUUUGUUAUCGCGAGGAAUUACAGCCACCCAGCUUCUGCGGAACCAGGCGUGGCUCUCUGGACCUCAAUGGCUUCAUGAACCUCCUGCCCUCUGGCCUCCGGAACCUUCCUCACUCGGCUCAUCAACUCAGAGUUUAGAGCCUCUUUGCUCAUGGCUCAUGUCCUGA